AUGGCGUCCCAUGGCAAGGUCAUGGACCUCUUCGACGAGCGCUAUCUCGAGUUACAAGAUGUUGUUGGCAACGUCGACCCGCUACCCACUCUAGUACCUUAUGAGCAGUACAAGGCUCACGCCAUCGCCUACCGAAUGGACACGAACCAUGACAUUUUCUUCGCGCUUCUCCAGGACUUCACGGAGCGCAAGGCAUUGGAGACGGGCAAGGAGCUGUGGACGUGGUGUGUGCAGUGGGAAGUCAGUCAGACAGCGGAUCGCCAGUCCCUCGCGGCAUCGCAAUCAGCAAAGAGGCCUCGCCUUGACUUGGACCCGCCGAACACCCCUACCGCGCAGAGACCGGCCAGCAACGCGCCUCCGAUGACUCUGCAUGCUCGUUGUAUAGAUCCCGAUCUCUUGCACGAGGAGGACAUGUUGCGCAUUCUGGUCGAUAUCGUGCAGGUCGACAGCACAGUGGUGCCCAACUUCAUCGAAUUCCUUUACAGGUGGAUCGACUUUUACGAAGGAGACGGAAAGGCUCUGAAGGCGGCUCUACAUGGCGAGAUUCCAAGCUUGUGGGACUUUGAAUAUCAUCCAUUUCUUGUCACUCAGGAAGCCAAAAAGGAAAUUAAUCAAGCAAGAGGUGUCGCCCAAGACAGCGGGAAGGACGGACAAGGCGGUGACACAACCACCCAGAUGCGACAAAAGCCCGACCUAGCGGCACUCGAACGCAAGACAGAAGAAAGCGAACGUCUGAAGUACCGCGAAGUACACUUCGGCAUCCAGCCCCCAAAGCUAGACGAGCCUCUGCCACCUCUCAUCAACGUCCCUCGAGACCAGUACAAGCGAGCCAAGUAUUACGAAGCUUGUUUCAAAUCGCGACAACGCGCGUUCUUCUUACUCGUAGAAGCAGGAGUCACCGCCCAGAACAUGCGAGACUACCACAGAGAUCAGACAAUGAGCCUGCAGGAGACGCCAACGCUCGUGGACGCAGGCGGCCUCAAGAACUACGAGAAGGACGCAAAACUUGCGCAGGCUUUCAAGUCGCUCAAGGAGCGACAUAGGGCGAAGCAAUUGGAAAUUUCCAUCAGCAACAAAUUGGCGGACGAGGCUCAGUUUGCUGCGCGCAGUGCUCCUCCCCGAAGUCCAUCGGGUGUCCCUCUUAUCCCUACCACGACUAUUCACGCCCAUCGCCCGGAUGUGACUGACGGUAUAUUGCGCAAGAUCCAGCAGACCAAAGAUGAGGAACUCCAAAGGAUCAACAUCGUUCCUACACCGCUUGUGGGCAAGAUGAAGAGUACGCUGUUCCGAGGUGCAAGAGACAAAGCGGGUUUGCAAGCGAUGUUCGCGCGUAGUAGUUUCCCAUCGAUCCCACGUUCUUCAGGCAACUUUGAUGGCGGUAGGUUGAACAACAACAAUCACGGCGAUGGGAGUACCGAUGAAGAUUCAGACGACGGCAUGACCACCUCUCCCUUUACUACAUCUCAUCGCGGUAUUCCCGUUCAAAUCUAUAUGCCCAAGAUCGUCAUACCCGCAAACACCAUCGGUCCCGGCGGACUGAAGCUAGGCGACAACGGAGUAGCCGAGACCGACGCCUUCCUCCUUGGAUACACACAUCCUAAGAGCGGGAAGAUCACCCUCAAUCGCGCAGUCUUUCUUCCCUUGGGCGUGUGGGCCAACGCGCAAGACAGAGUGCGAAAAGGUCACUAUCAGGUACUGGAGAGCUAUGCAGCACCGGAUAGAAGACCUUCAAUAGCGCAUCGCGCUGCCUAUGAAAAGGUGAAGCAAGCUUAUGAGAUGAUGAUCAUGGAAUCUCCAGUAGCGAGGGAGCGAGAAUUGACAAAGAGGUGGAGGGCCAGUAGGGGAAGGAUGACGGCGACUCAGAGGGGUGCCGUGUGGGAAGGCUGGGCUGUGGAGGUUGACAGAGAGAUCGCUCUGGGUAAAGAGGACAGAAAGGGUGCUUUUGUGCAGAAUGCGCUGGUUGACGGUGUGGAUGAGAAUAGUGAUGAGGCUAGGAGGAGGAGAGAGAUUGAGGAGUUGCUUGAGACGGAUGAGGCGUGGGACUAUGAGGAAGACGAGAACGACGAUGACGAGGACGGAGUUGAGCAGGAUUACGGAGAUGAAAUGGAGGAAGGGGAUGAUGAUGAUGAUGAUGAUGAUGAUGAUGAUGAUGAGGGGGAUAGCGAUGGCGAUGGUGAUGAUGAUGAUCAAGAAGAAGAAGAAAAUGAGGCGGAGGAUGGUGAGGAUGAGGAUGUGUAUAUGGACGGCUAG